AUUGUGACCAGCUUCUUGCAUCCGACCUCCUUUAUGGAGAUUUUGCGAUCAAAGGUCCUGGAAGGUUUCCCUGGCAAGUGGGUAUUAGAAUCAAUAAUAAUACACAUACUGCACCACUCUGUGGAGGAACCAUUCUCAAUUCAUUCUGGAUUUUAAGUGCUGCACAUUGUUUUGAAUAUUUUUUGAAAUCAGAGCUGUUGAUAAGAGUUGGUGACUUGAACAGUAAAGUAACAGAUUCAUAUGAGGGGACAUUUGAAAUCGAAGAAAUUUACAUCCAACCGGAAUACAUAAUAUACGAUGAUGGAAGUCUUCACAAUGACAUAGCCUUACUAAAAGUAAAACCUAAGCGUGGCCGUGGUAUAUCAAUGGAUUCUAAUGCUCAGCCUGCCUGUCUACCAUCAGAAAAUACAGUGUACAGUGAAAACCUGGAAUGUUACAUAUCUGGAUGGGGCCUAACAGAAUAUG